GAAUCGUCGCGGCUGGACCGUUUCUCGAUUGAAUUACGACAACCAUUGUUCGCGAUUCGCAAUUAUAUCGAUAUUCUGUUACUGUUUUAAUCCUGUGACCUUUGUGUUGUGUUUGACGGAUACCGAACCGGUCAGGAAGUACACCACUUCAAAGAAGAUCAAACGAGCCGUCAAUCCAGAGUUAUUAAAUGAUUCAAUCAUAAAAACAAACAUGCAAGAUUCAACUAAACAUUGAGACACAGAUGUGCGACACACAAGAUUCAGUAGAACACAUACAAAACACAACGGAAAUGCAAACAGUCGUGUCAAAUUGUAUGCCGGAUAUUGGGAAUGUAGACUCGAAUGAUACAUAUGCAGAGUACGCAGAUAUAUGUGGUUCAGAGGGUAAAAUUAACGUUGAUGAUGAUAGAGAUAUAGAAAUUGACGUAACAGAAACAAUAGACGAUCAGAAAACUGAUAAAAACGGUGAAUGGCAAUGCGAAAGUAAAAAACAAGAGACGUACGAAAGUAGGGAUCCAUUUGACUCGUGGCAUCCACACGUUUAUGGAAAACCUCCGAAGAUGCCGACACCACACACCAUAGAAUUCAUCCUUGGGUUGAAUAAGGAUUCUAAGAAGACUGUUAGUUCAUUAAUGAGUGUCAAAAGGUUCGGUCAUGAGAGGGACAAUAAGUUAGUGCAGAACAGACUGCAAGAACAGUUGCUGCAGCGGAGUAGGAAUAGUGAUAGUGCCAGUGUUAAGGAAGAACCUUUAAACUUGUCUGUGCCUAAGACUUGGAGUGAAGAAGAGAAAUUCACUAGAGAUUCAAAGCUAAUAAAACGCAAGAAGUCAACAGAUGAUGUCCGAUCACCCCUUGGUGGCGAAGGAUCCAUGACAAGUGAAGAAGGAGAGGAUGCAGGUGUUGGUAGACGCAAGAAGGCAAGAACCACUUUCACUGGACGACAGAUCUUUGAGCUGGAGAAGUUGUUCGAGGUUAAGAAAUAUUUGUCGUCAGGCGAGAGAGCAGAUAUGGCGAAACUUCUUAAUGUGACUGAGACACAGGUAAAAAUCUGGUUUCAAAACAGAAGAACGAAGUGGAAAAAGAAAGAUAACGUCAGCAACGCGGAAGUAGCCGAAAUGAAGCAGAACAAGCCAGAAGAUAAAAAAGAAGAUAAAGAGGAUCCGCUGGCGAUAGAUAUGUCCAAGAAGACCUGCAACAAAAUUCUCAGCGAGAAGCUUAAAACCAAACCCACUCAGAAUGUCCUUCCUAAACCAAGAAGGGUGGAGAAAGGCGUGGUUUUAGAAACGAUAUGUGACGUCAAUGACAUAGAGAGUAGAAUAUCAAUAACAAAGAUAACAAAUAAGCUAUCGAAUACAGAUCUCUCGGAGAGUGUCACAGUCAAAAGUUUUCACCCAGAAGAAGAAAGAAUAGAAUCAAAUAGAGAAUGCGUUAAUGAGAUGUAAGGGGCUGGAUUUGCGAUCUCUACAUUUCACAGAAAUUAAAUUUGUUUCAUAGAACUAAAUUAUAUGGCAACACGAAAUGCCUUCCAAAAUUGUAUACGACUAGAUAGAUAUUGUACUUUACCGUGUAUAAUGUUCAGUUCAAAAGUUUUUGUCACAAAUUGUAUAAAUAUGUAAAUUAAUUAAUCUAUGAAAACUGUAAGAGAUCGCAAACCGAUUUCGAUUUUGGAAUAACUAGUUUGCAAAACUAAACACAAAACUAUUAGAAGCUCUUUUAAUUUGUAUGAGAAAGUUUGCUGACCUAAGUUGAACACGUUUAGUCGGCUUCGUUUAUUUUUUUUAUAAUAGUAAAUUCUAAAAUUUAUUUCGACUUCUUACGUGUGAAUAUAAUUUAUCAGAACCAGGAUAUUUGAAAAACUAAUCAACCGAUUUUGGUGCAAUUUGGAAUUUACCCUUUAUUAAAGGGUAAAUUCCAACAAUUCCAACUAAUAGUUGGAACGUAAUUUCUGGUGAAGACUUACGAAAUUUAGCAAUUUAAACAAUUCCUCCUUUUUGAAGCCGGUUAAAAAUAAGUUUACGUUUAGUGUAAUCAAGUAUGGAUGGAUUUGAUGGUUAAAUGUGGACAAAUUUCUCGCGAAUCAUAAUUUUGAUAAGAAAAUUUUAAUUUCUUCUGUAAAUUAUAAGUAAAGUCAAUCACGUCAGUAUUUUGUUUUUGUAUAAUUAUUUUACCGAUAAAUCAGUGUUAGUUUAGUACUGUGUUAAUUAAGUUCUUAUUAAAAAUUAAUACUCAUAGGGUUUUGCGAGUCAAACAUACAUAUAAUAAGUAACAAAUUGUAAUUUUCGGAAAAAGGGUAAUAAAUAGUGACUAAAUUCUGAGCCAAAUAAUUGUAAUUGUAUCUAUCUAUAAUGUAGUAAUGUAUUAUUCAAGCUUUCUUAUCUGAUAUUUUAUCAAAGAUGUUAAAUAUUUUAAACGAGUGUGAUUUUGGUUGUCUAUAUAUAGAACCUUAUUUCAUAAAAGAAGUCGCGCAAAUUACCUUUUCAUAGAUGGAAAAAUCAUUCAAUAAAUUCUCAGGUAUUGAAAUAUGUACAAUAAGAAACUAUUUUGAAUAGUCUGGCGCAAGUUGCUAUGAGAAAAUACCUUGGGAUUUAUUAUUCUCUGUACCAGUAUAUAGCGACAUCUUUUUAUACAAUUCAUAAUAUUUUUUCAUAUAACACUUGCGUAUUUAUGUGCCCUGAAACCGAUAUACUUAAAAUCAAUGAUAUCAUCUGAAAAAGUAUUAUUAAAAUAGGUUUUAAAUAUUAGAAGGAAUAUGUUUUAAUUAGUUACUCAACAGAUGGCGUUUGUGCAAUAAAGCUUAAAAUGGAGAAUAA